AUGGCUCCCAAAAAGAGAGAUGACAACUGGGUCGAUGGUCUUCGAGGUGUCGCUUCGUUCAUUGUCGUUACUGGCCAUUUAUGCACUGCUUUCGUUCCAUGGCUCCAUGACCCUGCCUUGUCAGAUGGUGGUCCGUCCAACAUCUUCCAAUUACCGAUCCUCAGGUUAUGCGUAGGCGGCAGAGGCUCCGUUGCGAUUUUCUUCAUUAUCACCGGCUUUGUCAACUCAAUCAACCCCGUCAAAAAUUCUCGUGCCGAUAAUACCUAUGUCGCACUCACAAACCUCGCCAGAAGCACGUUUACUCGUUCCGGUCGCCUGAUGGUUCCUACGGCUAUUGCCACAGUCAUUGCGUGGGCACUGUGCCACAUGGGGGCAUUCAGCAUGGCUCAGAGAGCUGAUGCUAGUUGGAUUCGCUCUACAAGUCCUGCUCCUAGCGCGACCUUUGGCGAAGCAGUUAAAAACCUGCUCUGGAACUUGGUACUUUUCUGGCAUACUGGCGCCUCGAUAUACGACGGAACACACUGGACACUUAAAUUUUUCCUCAGCGCCUCGUUCAGGACGUAUCUUACACUCUUGGCUCUUACCUUGGUUAAACGGCGUUACUGGUAUGCUGUGACAGGACUCUUGUGGGCUUAUGCCUGGCUUGUUAACGACCAUCUUGUUGGCAUCAAUAUCUUCCCUGGUAUGCUCUUGGCGCAACUUCAAGUCGACUACGGCUCUCGUGCUACUCAGAUGCUCCCAAAAGUUGUGCCUAGCAUACUUAUCUUCUUCGGCCUUAUUAUCUGGGGACUUCCCCAAAAUAACCAAACCUGGGCGUGGUGGUCUGCCGCUAUCCGCUCGUUCAUUGUUGCUAUUACCCCUGCAAAUGCAGAUCACAGCCGUUAUGCCUCGUCUCUCGGAACCUGCACCCUGAUGCUGGGAAUAUUCUUCUCCAGGAACGCUCGACGCUUUCUCACACUGCCACUCUUCAACUUCCUCGGACGUGUUUCUUUCCCCGUCUACUUGCUCCACAACAUCCUCAUUAGAACGAUCUUAUCUUGGAUGGUUUACGGAGAAAGCGCUACUCGAAUUCCGGUAAGGAAUGAGAAGGGUGAACUCCUUCAGCUGGGACGAGCCAGCCCGAUGGCCUUCCUCUUUAUUCUGCCGAUCUUUUACGCCAUUCUCUAUCUUGUUGCCCACAUGUGGGCCACCUACGUCGACCCCCAAUGUGGCAAGGCUGUAGAUUGGUUGAAAGACAAGAUGUUCAAGGAGCGACCAGAUUCACAAGAGAAACUUCUCCCACUACCUAACGGAGGCUCUGCAAGUUGA